AAACUGAAAUACUGACUCAGGAGCUGUAAGACUUGCACGAGUCAUACAGAAGCCACCUGAGCAGCAAUACCCACACCCUAAUGUGACCGGGAGAACUUGGCUGCCUGGUGCUGACUUCUAGUGGCGACUCCGAAAGCUGAGCGCACACCAGGCGGCGGGAAGUGGGCAGCAGCGCCCCUUGCUGGCCCUUGCGCGCCCGGGCCGGGAACAUCUCUGCCCGCCCAGGUGCCUGGAGAGAAGCGCUUUGCCUAGCUAGCUCGAUUGCACCAGCGACCUCGGUGUACUGGGGCGGUGGCGACGGUGACAGGCGAGGGGCGCGGUGCUGCCUCUCUGCUUCUGGCUCGCUGCAACGAACACAGCUGAUCGGCCUGGAGUCCUUUGGUUGAACUGCUGCGCCCGCAGCGCGCCGCACGCCCGCAGAGGCACUCAGGGACUGACCGCGCGGGCUCGCACAGGCUGCACAGGGUGGCCAGAACCCUCCACGGGCAUCGAGCCCACCUCUGCCCUGGCCGGCGGCUGCAGGGAGCUCUAGCCCAGCAGCCCUUCCGCCUCAAGUCUGGGAGCUCCCGGCCCCACUCUGCUGCUGCCUAUGGGGAUCCGAGAGUUUCCCGGCGGCGCACCCAGGGGCAAGAGCAUCUCGAUUGGCAUGAGGAGGUCACCGGAUGUCAGUCCCCGGAGACUGUCGGACAUCAGCCCCCAGCUCCGUCAGCUCAAGUACUUGGUGGUGGACGAGGCGAUUAAGGAGGAUCUGAAAUGGUCGCGCUCCGUGGAGGACCUCACCAGCGGGCCAGUAGGACUCACGUCCAUCGAGGAGCGGAUUCUACGCAUCACAGGCUACUAUGGCUACCAGCCCUGGGCAGCGAGCUACAAAAGGGAGGAGCGCCCCCGGGACUCCCCGGGCCCGGCGGAGGCCCAGGCGCCGGCUGGGACGGAGACUGGAGGGAGGACGAGUCACCAUUGCUGGACAUGCCCCCGGGCGCAACUCAGGAAGAUUUUCUGGGGCGUAGCGGUUGUGCUGUGCGUGUGUUCCUCCUGGGCGGGCUCCACGCAGCUCGCCAAACUGACCUUCAGGAAAUUCGACGCGCCCUUCACCCUCACGUGGUUUGCUACCAACUGGAACUUUCUGUUCUUCCCGUUGUACUAUGCGGGGCACGUCUGCAAGUCUGCGGAGAAACAGUCUGUGAAGCAGAGAUUCAGGGAAUGCUGUCGCUUUUUUGGAGACAAUGGCUUGACUUUGAAGGUGUUUUUUACCAAGGCAGCACCCUUUGGUGUUCUUUGGACACUCACAAACUACCUGUACUUACAUGCAAUAAAGAAAAUAAACACUACGGAUGUCUCCGUGUUGUUCUGCUGCAACAAAGCUUUUGUGUUCUUGCUCUCAUGGAUCGUUCUCAGGGACAGGUUCAUGGGAGUGAGGAUAGUGGCUGCCAUCCUCGCCAUCGCCGGCAUCGUGAUGAUGACCUAUGCCGACGGCUUCCACAGCCACUCCGUCAUUGGCAUAGCUCUGGUGGUGGGCUCGGCGUCCAUGUCAGCCCUGUACAAGGUUUUGUUCAAGCUCCUCCUGGGCAGUGCUAAGUUUGGAGAAGCUGCCUUAUUUUUGUCCAUUUUGGGUGUCUUUAACAUCCUCUUCAUCACCUGCAUUCCUGUCAUCCUCUACUUUACCAAAGUGGAAUACUGGAGCUCCUUCGACGACAUUCCAUGGGGAAACCUUUGUGGAUUUUCAGUUCUUUUAUUGACAUUCAAUAUUGUAUUAAAUUUUGGCAUUGCUGUUACUUACCCCACUCUGAUGUCUCUUGGGAUCGUCCUCAGUGUACCUGUGAAUGCAGUGGUCGAUCACUACACCAGUCAGAUAGUCUUCAACGGGGUCCGGGUCAUCGCCAUCAUCAUCAUCGGCCUGGGCUUCCUCCUCCUGCUCCUGCCUGAAGAGUGGGAUGUCUGGUUGAUCAAGCUGCUCACUCGUCUCAAAGUGCGGAAGAAGGAGGAGACACCAGAGGGCGGGGCAGACCUGGGCUCAGGACCUCAGAACAGGAGCAGGAGAGCCCGCCCUUCCUUUGCCCGCUAACGCCUCUCCCUUAGGACUCUGUGGUGAUGCCUCCUGGUCAGGACUGGGAGAACUAUUUCCUGGUCAGAGGAACCCCGCUGGGUAAGGUGUACAUACUGUACAGUUUUGGUAAUCUGCGGUAAGUUCUAUGGUAUUUAUUGGCAUGUCCAAUUUGCUUGCACUUUUCCACAUCAGACCUUUCACUUAAGGGUACCAACUUAACACAAGAGAGGGAAGAAGAACCUCGUUGUGCUUUUUAAAUGAAUGUAAAGUAGGUUAAGAUGAGCCUCGCAGGGAUUGCUUUGAGUGACAGAUGUUCUUGAUAAGCCAGGGUAAGUGUUUUGAAUCUUAAUGACUAAAAAAAAAAAUGACAUUGUACACUGUGAUUAUUUUUCAGCUAUGGUAGGUCAUAUUUUGUUUUAUACCAGAGCUGUACUCUUAAUUUUAAGGAAUUUCAAUGAACCAAAAGAUAACUGUCAGUGAUCUGAAUGGAUAGAUGUAUGAAUGGAUGGAUGGGGAAUGGGUGGGGAUGGGAGGAUGGAUGGGCGGAUGGGUGGAUGGAAUGGGAAAAGGUGAAUCAGGAAAAAGCGAUGGACAUCAGACACCAUCGGAGGACAGGCCUGCAGCACGUAGCAGGAAGGGAAAGACAAGUUCAAGCCCCAACUGGCCUGUUCUCACAUGUCUGUGUAAGAUCAUGCAAGAGAAAUUACAGUGCCUUCUACAGAAUUUUCAUCUUUACCUAUGUGAAGCGAGGUGACAUUAUAAGUCACUGGUGCCAUCUUCUAAUUUAGAUGUAGAAAUCUUUAGAAACAAAUGAAAUUAUAUGUGUGUGUGUGUGUGUGUGUGCGCGCAUAAAGUGACAACGCCGGGGAGCAAUGCAUACAGAAUGUGAUUGCUGUAUAUGAUUUGCCUAUAAGGUAGACUGUGCAAGAGAGGAAUUGCUGGUUGCUUUUCUUUCACAACUAAGACUGAAAAAAAAUUAUUUAAUGAAUCUGUAUACCUUUUUAUGAACCUUUUAAGGCUGUUUACCUACUCAAUUUAGGUCUACCAGAAAAUUCUAUCUGUGAUAGAUCUGCAAAGAGGGACAGGGGGUAGAGUUUACUAUUUUUGAAGUUUACAUUGUUACAUAUGAAAUGGAAGAUCUUAUUUUGAAAUGCUGUCAUAACCCAAUGGUGCAUUCUGUAACCAUGGAGUCUUUUGUUUCCUGGGGGUAGGGAAUUCACGACCUGAAAUUUUUAGCAAAUUGUUAUUCUCAGUUUCCAUUACUUGUUUGGCCAAACAGAUUAAUAAAACAUUU